CGGCCGAUAUAUUUUCCCUCCGCACAGAAAGUUGCCGUUGCAUUCUCGUGUAAAUCGUUGCUCGUUGGGGAGAAUAGUAUCAAAAGGAAAUCGAGUUGGACAUUUAACGUGUUUUCACUAUUUGCAUCUAUUUUUUUUUCAAAGUGACGAUUAAUGGUAGCGCUAUCCACGUGGUGUUCCAAGGCUGCGGCCUUCAGGGCCGUGAUAUUAGGUGCCCCUGCAUCUGGCAAGGGCACUAUGUCAGCUCGAAUUGUCGAACACUUUAAAGUGGUUCACAUUUCUAGUGGUGACAAGUUACGUGUUCACAUGAAUAAUAAUACCGAAUUGGGCAAAACGGUCGCAAGUUACGUGCUUUCCGGUAAAUUCGUUCCCGACGAUGUAAUAAUCUCGAUGAUAAACAAAGAAAUCGAGCUGGUGGGAGACAAAAAUUGGCUGCUGGACGGAUUUCCGAGAACGUUGCAGCAAGCAGAAAAGCUACAAAAAACAUAUCCAGUGAACCUCGUCCUCUACCUUGACGUGCCUGUUCCGGUGAUUUUGAAUCGCGUGGAAAACAGGUGGGUUCAUUUGCCCAGUGGAAGAGUUUACAACAUUGGAUUCAAUAAUCCAAAAGUUCCGGGCAAGGAUGAUGUAACGGGUGAACCCCUGUGUAAAAGAGAAGACGACAAGGUGGAGGUUGUGAAGAAACGUUUAGAAAAUUUUUUAGCACAGAACGAUCCUAUUUUAGAAUUCUACCAAGGUAUCGGAAUAUUAAAGAGAUUCCAUGGUAACACAACAGACGAAUUAUGGCCACAAGUCAAAGUUGCUAUCUCAAAAUUUUUAUCUUAAUUGUAAUGUGCUUUUAACAAGAUUUUAGUGAAACUUUGUUGCAUACGCACAUAUCUAGAUGAAUUGUAAGAAUAUAUUAGAAUAUAUAGGAGAGGAUUACAAUAUAUUUUUUUGUAAUUUUUAUAUAUCUGUCAUAAUCACAACAUAAUUUGAACAUUUCUUAUCGAUACAGUACAAAGUUUUUCAGCCUAUAUGUGCAAUUUUGACUUACUUUACAAACACCUAUCAUUGUAUGCAAUACUCUAUUUUAACUUUUGUAUUUAAAUGUGCUUAUAAUAAUAUUGUCAUAUCAAAUUUGCCGGUACUAUUAUUUUAUAAUUGUAAGAAAAAUAACAGAACAAUAAUCUCUGACAAAGUUACUCGGUGUAAAUAUGAUGAUUUAUAUAAGUUAACGGUGAAAAAUAUUGUAUAUUUUAAUAUAAAGAGAUCGACGAAGCUAAAAACUGAGUUUGAUCCAAUAGGAAACAUUUGUUGAACUUACAUAACCUAAAGUGUUAUAUGAUACGAUACGUAUUCUGUUUAUAUCGUUGUAGAGAAGAUGAAAUGUGCUCGCAAUUAUAAAGAGGAAAUAAAGAUCAAAAGAUAAUUUUU